AUGCCUCGACUUCCUCAUUCACUCUUAUUGAAAGCCUACAAUAUCUCUCCCCUCUUACCGUUAGUACUGCAAGGCACCAGAAGUCUUCCGUCUGCUGUCAAUGAGCUCCGUUGGCUACGAGAACAUGUUCUCAAAACAAACAAACCCACCCCAACAACACAGAAAGAACUUUUGAGGCUCUGUAAACGACGUGCUCAUAGCGAGCCUUUGCAAUAUAUUCUUGGCUCCCAGCCUUUUGGAGAGCUGGAUAUCAAGUGCCGGCCUGGAGUGCUCAUUGCAAGACCUGAACCUGAAGCAUACACGACAUACCUGGCGAAGCUUCUACUCAAGGGAUCAAAGGGUGAUCGCGGCUUUGAGUUCGAUGAAAGGAAACCACUUCGCAUCCUGGACUUGUGCACUGGAACCGGCUGCAUAUCCCUCCUUCUAUACUCCCUCCUCGUGAAAAGGUUUCCAGGCGUCCAAAUAAACGGAUGGGACAUCUCCCCCAAUGCCGUAUCUCUCGCGGUAGAAAACCUAAAGACAAACAUCUCGAAAGGACAUUUGAAAAUCCACCCCAGUCAAAAGCCACCACCAAUCCAAUUCGACCAAGUCGAUAUCUUCUCGCGCUUCAAUCGUGGACAGAAGAAACAGCUGCACUGCGACAUCAUCGUUUGCAACCCGCCAUACAUCUCACAAAAAGCUUUUACGCAAGACACGGGUCGCUCUGUGCGGAAAUGGGAACCAAGACUAGCCUUAGUGCCAGAAGUAGAAGUCGAGGGCUAUGAUGGCGUCAAGGCGGAAGAUGUAUUUUACCGCCGACUCAUCGACCUCCAUACGCGCUUUGCUCGGUCCAAACUGCUGGUUAUGGAAGUCGGGGGUGAUGCGCAGGCACUUCGGGUCGCGGGCAUGGCAUUGCAGGAUGAGUUGCCGAGUCGUAGGGACACGGUUGAGAUCUGGAGGGACUGGCCAGAGUCGAAGAAUGGGCUGGAGGGGAAUGGGAGGGUGGUCGUGGGUGGAAGGGUUGUGGGUGUCAAGGGGAUGGGGCAUAUGAGAGCUGUUGUUGUGAAAUCACCGGAUUAUGUGUGGUCCAAGGACGGGGCUGGGCUGGCUUCACGGUGA